AUGCAAGUCUUAACUCACAGAGCAGCCAAACCCAUGCAACUUGGGGAAAGACGCUCGUCAAACUAUAUUCAUGCAAAUUACUUUGUGGCAAGGAGUUAUCGCUCAAAUAUGAGAGCACAUUUAAGAAGCUGCUUGGAGAAAUUAAAGGACAUGGUACCGUUAGGCCCUGAAGCAUCAAGACACACCACAUUAGGAUUAUUAACAAAAGCGAAAAGAUUUAUUAAGAGUCUAGAAGAACGAGAAAAGAGGCAUUCAAGUCACAAAGAGCAACUAUCGCGGGAGCAAAGGUAUCUCAGGCGGCGGUUAGCACAGUUGCGCGCAUCGCGGGACUUUACGCGGUCGCUUUCGGAGAGUUCGAUGGCGCAUGCGCACGCGACGAGAGCCGACUCUCUCUCCUCUCUAGAGUCCUCCUCGGGGGUAUCGACUGCCGAGAGAUCUCCUUCGUCCGUCUCGGAAAGCGAUGAGCGGCGUUGGCGUGGGCGUGGGCGUUACACGCAGGCGACGCUGUACGAAGCCCGCAAGGUCCCGCUACACGCGAGUCUAGGUGAGCGGUGCGCGGCGCGUGCGCGCGGCGACCACAUUCGUUGCCGCGUGUGA